AUUUUCCACCACCACUUUACUUUACUUUCCUUUUUUUCUCUCUAAACUUCCUUUCAUUCUCAUCUAUAAUUCCCUUUCAGUCUCUAUAUCUCUCGAGCACUCAUUUUAUUUGGGCUUAUUUUCUCUCUCCUCCUUUUUUCUCUCUUUUUUUUUCUUUCCUUCGGGCGUGGAUGGGUCCUACCAGGCUUUUCCGCACCUACAAAUUGAGCGCCUCUCCCCUUCCUUAUCUGCCAAGAGGGAAUAGCUCAUACCCAUUCCCAGGCCCUCCUCUCUCUCACUCAACGAACCCAUUCUUCCUCUCUCUAAAUUACAGUGACUCUCUCUUUUAUUGAUUUCAUUUUCCCGGUCAUUUCCUUCCUCUUCGUAGUGUGAGAAAGAGGAUAUUGUUUUUAGAGAGAGAAAAUGGCAGCAGCGGUGUGCAGAGGGUUCCAGUCAUAUGUGGAGGAGGGCAAGGGAGGGGAGCCCCCUGGCAUAGGGUCCAUUCUCGUAGGGUCACAACCCUCUCAAGAGAAAACCCCAAAAACUCAGUCUCUUAGAAGGUCUUUCUCAGCCGAUGAGUCCUCCAAAUUUUGGCUCUCUCAGCAGCAACAACCACCCCAAUUGGCCUCUCCCCCUUUCAAGAAGACAGCCUCCUCCGAGCAACUCUGCACCCCCCAAGAGCACAGAGAAAUCGAACACGAAGAGAGAGAAAGAGAGAAGGACCGAUUCGACAUAUGGAGCUCGAUCGUCUCGGGCCGGAAGCGCCUUGAAGCGCCGGUCGCCUCGGCACCAUAUUCACCACCCAAGCCCCUGUUUCGCCGCACGUGGAGCUCACUGAGCCUCAACCUCUGCACGGAGGGCCUCGGGUCCGAGACUGGGUCUGACACCAUGUCCGAGAAGGACUAUGGCAGCUGUCUCUCCUCGGACUCAGACGAACCCACCUCCCCAAAACUCAGCGCACCAUCCCGACUGCGGCGUGCGGUGACGUACCCGGGCCGGUCGGCGAGGCGGGUGCAGGGGGCGCGCUCAUUCCCACCGCCCCUGACCUCCAUCUCGCGCCGCGACGGACCCUGCGUGCACAUGCGCCCACACCGCGUGGACGGCCGCCUUGUUCUCGAGGCCGUGCCUGUCCCGUCCCACAAUUACCUUCACGCUCAGCGUGGCAACGGCCGCCUCCGCCUCACCUUCGCAGCCACCCACCCAUCUAGAGAGAGCGAAGAGGAGAGCGAGAAUGAGGAUGAGGAAAUCCACCAAGAAAUUGUAGAGAGAGAAAGUAAGGAAUUGGGGGUGGGAUUUGGAGAGAGAGAAGAGGAGGAAGAAAGCCUGCAAUCAAUGGAGGAGGGAGAGGAAAUAGAGGAGAGAGAAGAAAGAGUGGAAGAGAGAGGAGAGAGGAGGGGCUUUGUGGAGAGGGAUGCUUGGAUGAGUGAGAAGGGGAUUAGAGCGCCGUGGGUUGGGGUGGGCUCGGACCGUGGCGAGGAUUUCACACCGAGGCGGUGCAACGAUUCGAGCCGGCCCUUGUUACUAUUGCACUCUUUCUGCGUGGCCACCACCUGAUUAAAAAUCGCCCUCCACCCCUUUUUAUAAUAAUAAAAAAUAGUUAUACACCCUCACCGUACCAUUAGAAUCAUUAAUAAUGAAAUCCUAGUGUCACUGCUCACCGGUAAAUACAUAUUUAGUCCUUGAUUUUCCAAUUUUUUUUUUUUAUUUAAACUUGUAUGGUGUGGUGGCAUCUCUCUAGGCUUAUCGGAGGUCCGAAGUAUAUAAGAUUUUGAAGAGUUGGUAUUCAAGCUUUCA